AUGGCGCGCUUCAACCCAAUGGCAGAGCAAUGCUCCUUGGCUGCCAGUGCCUCCUUGCAGAUUAACAACCUGGAUGCGUACAGUGCAGGGGAUGGAACCACAUAUUAUUGCUACGUGUCUGGUUCUAGUGUGUGGAUGACCAAGGCAGUCCAGGGGGCCGAGGAUGAGCAUCGGCAAUUUUGUGCCUCUGAAGGCACGGGCGCCAUUCAUCAGGCAAAGUUUGUCUUGCAUGGCGCACAAGCACUCUUAGUUGUGGUCGGCACGCUGGUACAGCGCAUAUUUGGCUUGAACGGACGUUGCCUACUGACGCACAAGAUUUCCCCGCCCGCCCAUCAGCCCGAGGACGGCGACUCAGUCGGACAGCUGCACCUGAUUGACUUGGGCCAGAUGCGCCCCGGUGCCGUCUUGGCCACCCCCCAUGCGGGCCCUAUCACCUGCAUGGCCGCAGAUGAAGGGGCAACACAGCUGGUCGUGGGUGAUGAGGAGCGACGCGUGUCCUUCUGGCAGGUUGAAGGGCAUGGGUUGCGCCUGCUUUCUCAUUUGGAGGCUGAGGACGCGCAGCCCGUGCACGCGCUGCAGGUGUUGGAUAAGUUUGUGUUUGUGGGUCAGGCCAACGGCAGCAUUCAUGUCUACACCAGCUCGACAUAUGAGCGGGUGGCCAUGCUCAAUGCCCAUGCGCGGACACUGUUUGCGAUGGCGACGUCUCCGGCCCAACGUUUGUUGGUUACGGUGGGGCUGGACAGCAAAGCCAUUGUGUACCAGCUGCCACCGCCCCUCUCGGGUCAGGGUAUCGCAGGGCUUCGCGCUGUAUUUUCGGCCACGAUCAAGGAUCGGUUUUUAACGGGCGUGGCCUUUAACGCGGCGGGAGAUAUCCGAGUUGCCUGUUUCGAUUCGUACAAGAUGGUGCAAUUUGACCAGCAGCCCGCGACCAUCGCCUAG